ACUCUUUGGGAGAGCAUCAAGGCAACACUGACUAAUAUUGUCAUUGAAUGACAAUUUGUCGAUUUUACCGUGAUUUUCAGAUUUUACAUGGAUCUUACCCAUGGAUGGAAUUAAUAUCUACUCCAUAACUCCAUAAUUUUACUAUUGGUUUUUACCCAUGAAAUUAAUUAGUAGGUAGGUACUCCGUACAACAGUAGUUAGAAGAAAGUCUUCUUUUCUUUACCUACUCAUUCCAUGAUUUUACCUACACCUAUUCUUUGUUGUCAAAAUUAAUUGUUACUUAUUAUGCAGUAGUUGAUAACUGAUUUGUCCACAGAAUUUAUUGUGAAAACACCAUAGGUACCUAUGCCAAUUUUUAUUUAUAGGCAUAUUAUUGAAAAAUAAAACUAUAAUUUAUAAAACUAAGUAGGUAUCACUAAAUAGUUUUCAAGUGGCUAGUUGAAGUUCAUCAUACAAAAUCAAUUGGAAGUAGCAAAAUGAUGCAAGGCAGGAUAGGGAAUAUGCCGCUUGCUAACGAAAAUCCACUUGGUCUGUCAUGGCACGACUCUGCUUGGAUACCCCUUCUAAGCCCUUCAAAUAUAAUGGAUUAUUUUUCCGAACGGUCAAAUCCGUUUUUUGAUCGUACUUGUAACAAUGAAGUGGUCAAGAUGCAGCGUCUUAGUAUGGAUCAACUGCAGAAUAUGACAGGACUAGAGUAUAUUCUGUUGCAUGUGCAAGAUCCAAUACUGUAUGUGAUUCGCAAACAACACAGACAUAGUCCUAAUCAGGCUACUCCUCUAGCAGACUAUUAUAUCAUUGCUGGUAUUGUGUACCAGGCACCGGACUUGGCUAGCGUUUUAAAUUCUAGAUUGUUAUCUGCAGUGCAUCACUUACAGUGCUCCUUUGAAGAAACAAUGUCAUAUUCUAAAUACCAUCCUAGUAAAGGCUAUUGGUGGGAUUUUAAACCAACUAAACCAGGUUUAGGCCCAUAUAAUGCAAGUCAAUCUGCCCCCAAAGAAGUGUCCACAACUUCCAAGGAAGAGCCAUCCACUUUGUUCCAGCGUCAGAGAGUGGAUAUGUUGUUGGCUGAGUUAGUACGACAGUUUCCAUUACCACUGGCACCAAGCUCCACUAAUCAAACCAAUGGUGUAACUGUCAAGACUGAAAAUAUGAAUGAGAAAGAAAAGGCAGCAGAUGGAGCAAGUGUACCUGUAACUAUAAAGCAGGAGCCAAUUGACCCUAGCAACUCUGACAUGACAAAUGGCAAUAUUCCAGGUCAUGUAGAAAUUAAAACUGAAAUCAAGCAAGAAAAUAUGAAACCACCACCAGAGAAAAAACCAAGAAUAUAAAUUUCCAUAAUUUUAUCAUAAUUUAAAAUAAAACCACAUCAAAGUACA